AUGACAGUCAACGUCUUUGCCGUCCCUGUCUUCUUCAUCGUCUUCCGAGAAUGUCUCGAAACGGUCAUAGUUGUCUCGGUCUUGCUGGCCUUCUUGAAGCAGACCCUUGGGGCCGAGGGUGAUACUGCGACCUACAGGAAGCUCUUAAAACAGGUUUGGUGGGGAGUCGGCCUUGGCCUGGCCAUUUGCCUUUGCAUUGGUGCGGGUAUGAUUGGUGCCUUUUACGGCUUCGGCAAAGACCACUUCGCCAAUACCGAAGAUAUCUGGGAAGGUGUCUUUGGCAUAAUUGCCUCUGUUAUCAUCUCCAUCAUGGGCGCUGCACUUCUCCGCGUCAAUAAACUGCAAGACAAGUGGCGCGUCAAGCUUGCCCGAGCCCUGGACGCGAAGGCGACCACUGAGGGCUCCCAGAAACGUGGCCAAAGAUUCCGUCGCUGGGCAGAGAAGUACUCCAUGUUCAUGUUGCCCUUUAUCACUGUUCUGCGCGAAGGCCUCGAAGCUGUCGUCUACAUUGGUGGAGUCAGCUUAGGCCUGCCUGCUUCUGCUUUUCCUCUCGCCGUUGUCUGCGGACUAGCGGCUGGACUCGCCAUUGGCUACAUCCUCUAUCGUGGCGGAAACUCAGCGCGACUACAACUGUUCCUGAUUAUCUCAACUUGUUUCCUUUACCUUGUUGCCGCUGGGCUGUUCUCCAGGGCUGUCUGGUACUUUGAGAACAACGCCUGGAACAAGAUCAUUGGCGGUGAUGCUUCCGAGACUGGGUCUGGUCCUGGUUCCUACGACAUUAGACAGAGCGUUUGGCACGUAAACUGCUGCAACCCCGAACUCAAUGGCGGCGGUGGAUGGGGUAUCUUCAACGCCCUCUUCGGUUGGCAGAACUCGGCCACUUACGGCUCCGUCAUCUCCUACAACCUUUACUGGGUCUGCGUCAUUGUCGCUUUUGUCUGGAUGCGUUUCCAGGAGCGCAAGCAAAUCUCUGCUGAGAGAGGCGCGUCGGCUUCCGAAGAAUCGAACAACGCUGAACCCAUGGUCGAGGCGACAAGCAAGAAAGGCGAGGGCAUUGGUCCUGAAACUAAGGUCCAGGAGAUGCACGACUAA